AGCUUCUUUCGUGAGACUGAUAUUCAGAAGGACCAAUAGGAGGCGUCCUCUGGAAGCCUUCAUUCCUGCCCCUCGACUGAAAGCCACAGAGUUUCUUGAUGGCGAUAGAAAGAAAUGCUGAUGUUGCUAAAGAUGGAAGCUAAGUAAGCUACUUCACAAUCUAUGUUGGAAAAAAAAAAAAAGAGCAAAAUACACAUAUUGAGAAUGGACGAGUCCUUUGAUCCACUCAAGUGUAACGAGGACCUGCCUUCCUCACCUGGCUGCAACAUGGAAUAUGAUGACAUGCCUGAACUGCAGGAAGUGGAGGAAGACCAGAGGUCUCAGGGCUUAUUUCAGGUUGGAGCCGUGUCCCACCAGGAGCUCAGCUGCUCCCCCAACACCAAUUGGCUCACCCAGUUAGCCAACAUCGCAACCAGUCCCCAGAGCCCCCUGCUAAAGGACGUGCCACACAAGAGAUCAUCUCCAGUUCACAUCUUUGGGAACAGUAACAGUUUACAUUCCUAUGCCCGGCCUCCAUUAGCCAGUAGCGCACCCAGCCCUUUCAGAGGCCACCUCAGGGAGCGCAGGCGUGUGAGGGCCAGCAGUGAAUCAGAGUCUGGGGUUUUCUCCAUGUCCUCGUCGUUUUCUGAUGAUGAAGACAUGGCAUGGUCUCAUUCUUGGCCAUCCACAGCCUGGCACUGCUUCCUAAAAGGAACUCGCCUGCGCUUCCAUCGAGGUCCUAACGUAGAAUGGCAGGAAGCUGAUGAACUGGGGGAUUCAGAUGAUGACUCUGAUGAUGAAAACAUAUCACAGUCCUCAUUCUCAACCAAAAGAUUUGGUUCAGAUGGACUUAAACUAGUAAACCAUGAAGAUACAAUAUCCUUUGGUCAGGCUGCUCUCAAACUGACCUUUGAUCCCGGCUCCCCAGAAAAAGGCCUCCUCACAGCAGAGUGCAGAUUGGAUCACCCGUUUUUCGUCAAGAACAAAGGGUGGUCUUCCUUUUAUCCCAGCCUUACUGUGGUGCAUCAUGGGAUUCCUUGCUAUGAGAUGCAGCUGGGAGAUGUGUGCCUGCCACCAAACCACCCAAAUGCUAUUAACUGUGACGACUCAGUGGUCUUUGACACCUUCAGAAGCUAUGACUUUACCCCACUAGAUUCCUCAGCAGUCUAUGUUCUUAGCAGCAUGGCCCGUCAGCGCAGAGCCUCCUUAUCCAGCGGGGGCGCUGUCAGUCCAGACUGCGAUAAGCUGGAGCGCUCCUGCUCCCCACAAUCCUCCAGUGGCAAAUCCCACCGGAGCCACCACUCAGGGAUACCCAGCGGUGCCACGCCUACAAAAUGCAAGCGGCCAAUGAAUGCCUUCAUGCUCUUUGCCAAGAAGUACAGAGUGGAGUACACACAGAUGUAUCCUGGAAAGGACAACAGAGCCAUCAGUGUCAUCUUGGGUGACAAAUGGAAGAAGAUGAAGAGUGAGGAGAGGAGGAUGUACACCAUGGAGGCCAAGGCUUUGGCUGAGGAGCAGAAAAGACUCAAUCCAGACUGCUGGAAACGGAAACGAACCAACUCAGGUUCUCAGCAAACCUAGAAAAUCCUCCAGACUCACCGGCUGCUGGUGUUUUAGCUUGGAGACAUGUUUAGUCCGACAGACGGCACCUAUGCCUCUUAGCUCUCCUGCAUCCUUGAGACUCAACUGUGAUGCUGGAGUCAUACGCUUUUGUAACCUCAACACAUUAUAGUGACAAAAUAGAAUUAUGAAAUGUAUACAAAACAUGUAAUCUAGUCACUAACAGCUGAUAUAUAUUUUCAUACAUGUAUACUUUUUAAAGAUGUCUUAUUCCCUUGAAAAAAGUGUGAAACUUCUCACCUGCUUCAGGUCACUUCUUAUUCAGUUGAGAAAAACAAACAAACAAAAAAACAUUUGUACAGAAAAAGCCACAAGCAUCUGGUAAAACUGUAAAAAAGGGCAAUUUUAGAAAUCUUUUAUAACUGUUUGUAUUCAUUUUUGUAAAGCAUAUGCACAGAUUGGUAAUUCAGUUUGUAUCACAGUGUAUAUUCUACUGCAUAAUGAUGGUUAACAGUUUAUAUGAAUCCCUAUCAUGCCACCAUUCAAGUUUCUGCACUUUAUAUAAAUAAUGUAAUCUGAAUCUAUACAGCCAUUGUAUACAGGUAAAAACAAAACUAGUAUCUUAAUAGUUAACCAUUUGACACAGUCAUGGCCCAGCAGCCAUGAUCUGCUUUCAGGUUGAAUUUUGAGUGCUUUGUUCAUAAUGUAGAUGUUUCACUGCAGAUUAAGCACAGAAUAUUCUUGUAUUAUAUUAUAAAUAAUUUUUUUUAAACUUCUCA